GAGGAGAUCGUAUUAAACCUGGUGGUAGGGUCGACUAUAAUAGCGACCUUGAGGGGCGCCGGCCGCCGCUCACCCCUUUCUUUUUCGUAUAAAAGACCACCGUCCAGAUGCAGUCCUCACAUUCCGACUCGAAAAACCGACUCCGACAUGAACACCGCACUGUUCUUCGUUCUCCUGGGCGUGGCUGCAGCCGCCCCGGCCCCCGAAAAGCUACCCGAAGCAGGAGGGGCUGCCCCACUACCCAUCGCCAUCAUGAGACAGGUCCAGGUCAACCCAGACGCCCUCGGUGCCCACAGCUCCGACUUCGAAGCCGAGAACGGCAUCGUCUUCCAGUUUUCUGGAUCUGAGGGAGCUCUCGGCGGAGCCAACAUGAUCGGAUCCUGGAGCUACCCUCAAGCCGACGGAACCUUAGCUGAGGUCACCUUCGUGGCCGACGAGAACGGAUUCCAGCCCCAGUCCUCGUUGUUGCCAGUGGCUCCAGCCUUCCCCCACCCCAUCCCCCAGUUCGUUCUCGACCAGAUCGAGUUCGCCCGUCUCGAAGACGAGAGGCUGGCGAGGGAAGAGGCAAAUAAGGCCUAGAAAAAGCCUAAGACCUUCAGGUCUACGAAAAUGUGCUUUUAAGUUUAAGAUGUGUUUUUGUUAUUGUAAAAAUGACGUGUUUAAGUUUCAUCACCUCGUUGCUUCUGAUGGACUCCAGAUGUAAGUGAUGUGAUUCACUUCUCUUUUUUUUUAUCUUUAAUAAAUGAAAGUAAGA